AUGGCUGCUGAAGAGUUAAGGGUAGAAGAUAUCAGAAAGAUAAGGGUUCUCCUGGAAGAAAUGGUGAAUGACAUGAGGGCAUGGAAUAUGAAGAACUGUGCGAAAGAAGUGAAGAGUGAAAAUAAUGAAAGUAAGGACCAUCAUGAAGAAACGAAGAGCGGGUCAAAUAAUAGCCUAGAGGAAUUGAAGGAUCAGGAUGAAAUGAAGAAUGGCCAGGAAGAAAUGAAGAAUGAAAUGGAGACCGAAGUGAAUUUAAACCUAGAAGAGAAGAACAGCCAAGAGAAGAAUAGCCAAGAGAAAAACAGCAAAGAGAAGAAUAGUAAACAGAAGAUCGGCCAAGAGAAGAACAGCGAAGAGAUCGGCCAAGAGAAGAACAGCGAAGAGAAGACCAGCCAAGAGGAGACCAGCCAAGAAAACAACAUCGAAGAGAAGUGCAGCAAAGAGAAGUACGGCAAAGAGAAGAACGACAAAGAGGAGAACAGUGAAGUGGAUACCAGCCAAGAGGAGACCAGCCAAUAG